AUGGGUAUUCUCGACAUUGUUCCUGCUGGUGUUGUUUCGGGCAAGGAUGUCUACAAGGUGUUCGACUACGCUCGUGAGAACCACUUUGCCAUCCCUGCUUUCAACGUGACUACUUCGUCCGUGGCCAACGCCGCUCUUGAAGCCGCUCGUGACUCGAAGUCGCCUGUCAUCCUGCAGUUGUCGCAGGGUGGCGCUGCCUACUUCGCUGGUAAGGGUCUUGCCAACGACAAGCAGCAGGCUUCGAUCGCUGGUGCCACCGCCGCUGCGCACUACAUUCGCUCGGUUGCUCCCAGCUACGGCGUUCCCGUCAUUUUGCACUCGGACCACUGUGCCAAGAAGCUGCUUCCUUGGUUCGAUGGUAUGCUUGCGGCUGAUGAAGAGCACUUUGCGAAGACUGGCGAACCUCUUUUCAGCUCGCACAUGCUCGACCUGUCGGAGGAGCCCAAGGAAGAGAACAUUAAGAUUUGCGUUGAGUACCUGAAGCGCAUGGCCAAGAUUGGCAUCUGGCUUGAGAUGGAGAUCGGUAUCACCGGUGGUGAGGAGGAUGGUGUCAACAAUGAGCACGUCCACAACUCGGCUCUAUACACGCAGCCUGAGGACAUUUGGGACAUCUACAAGGCGUUCAGCGAGAUCACCCCCAACUUCAGCAUUGCUGCUGCUUUCGGCAAUGUCCACGGUGUGUACAAGCCCGGCAAUGUGGUGCUGCGCCCUGAGCUCCUGAAGAUGCACCAGGACUAUGUGCGCGACCAGCUCAAGACUAACAAGGAAAACCCUGUUUUCCUGGUCUUCCACGGUGGCUCGGGCUCGGAGAAGCAGGAGAUCUAUACUGCUGUGGACAAUGGUGUCAUUAAGAUGAACGUUGACACUGACACUCAGUUCGCCUAUCUUGAGGGUAUCCGUGACUUUAUUCUCAACAAGAAGGACUACCUGAUGACCCAGGUUGGCAACCCCGAGGGCCCUGACAAGCCGAACAAGAAGCAGUACGAUCCUCGCGUUUGGGUUCGUGAGGGCGAGAAAACUAUGUCGAAGCGUUGCCAAAUUGCCUUUGACGACCUCAAGUCUUCGAACAAGCUUUGA